UGAUGAAAACCCGACUUGAGGCCAUACGGACGGUCCUGACUUCCGGUGACGUCUCGGUGAACCAGCGGUAUGUAACGGCAAGGCGAGGCAUGAAGGAGCUACGGGGGAUUCAUGAUGAUAUGUGGAAGAUGCCUGGUAGGAUGAAGGCCCGGAAGUACCAGUUAACAAAGGACGCGGACACAGAGCGACUGCUGGGAUCAAAAAUGGGCAUUGGAACACUGGACGUGGCGGGGGAGUUUCAAAAGAAUAUUCCAGUUCCUGACCUCUCUACUGUCACAUGGAAAAUUGAAGCAGAAAUCAACGUCAGCGCGUCACAAGACCAAGAAACCUUUGUUAAUAGCAUCGCCCUGCCCUCUCCAGGGGUCUUCCUCCUGUCUGACUAUAAUAACAACUGUGUCAAACUGAUGGACGUCACCACCCGUAACGUCACAUCCCGCCUCCAGCUGCCAGGCACGCCAUGGGACGUGUGUGCACUCCCUGAUGACCAGGCCGCCGUCACUCUCCGGGAUAAGUCCAUGAUACAUCUGCUGUCUACAAAAGGAGGGCAGUUGUUACGUGGAAAGGAAAUUAAAGUUUCAUCUAAUGGUCGUGGUAUUGGGUAUUACAACAAUAGAUUAUACGUGUCUUACGAAUCUAACCCGCGUAUUGAAGUGAUGACAUUGGAUGGUCAUAUUAUCAGAACAUUCCAAACAGAUGAUGGGAGACAAACUUUCCAACGCCCACUAUACCUGUCUGUGUCAGCUACUACACCACCGACCCUGUAUGUGUCUGACUACAAUGCACACACCGUCCACCAGCUGUCUCUAGACGGGAAGGUCCUAAGAGAGUACAGUGAUAAGAAGCUCGAAUAUCCCUAUUCCGUGGUGGCGGUAGAUCCGGGUCAGCUGCUCGUGUGUGGGCCGACCAGUCACAACGUGAUGCUGCUGACGGAGAGGGAUGGCACGAUGACGGAAGUACUGGGACAGAAGGACGGACUGACCUUUCCCUGCUCCAUGUCCUUCUGUCCCAACACCCGUACAAUAGUUGUCGGGAUGUUCCGUAAUGACUCAUUGAAGGUGUUUAAUGCAAACUGACUGUGUUUCUUCAUAAGUCGUGAUUGUUGUUUCUUCGGAAGAAAUAACAAUGCAUUCAAUAAUCUUUAAACAAUUGAAAAGUAAAUGCAAUAACAUUUAUUUUACAAUUGAGCUUGCGGUUUUGAUUUGUUGAAACCUUGUGUUAUCAAACUGAACAACCAUUUAUAUUAAAUGGCAUGUACAAUAUAUUGAAAAUAUAUUAAGUUU